AAACCCUUCGAACACACAAGCCAUCGCCACAAUGCGGACGACACCCCACUCGAUCGUCCGAGCGCUGGGCCUUCUCCUCACCGGUCACUGCCUCUUCGCCGCCGCCGCCGCCAGCGUUCCUCAUCUCGUCGGCGACUCCAUUUGGUCGAUUCCCACCAGCGACGAUUUCUACACCCGCUGGGCCGAGAACCGGUCCUUCUCCGUCGGCGAUUCCUUGACGUUCAGAUUCGAGGUGGGGUUUUACGACGCCGUCCAGGUCUCCAGGCGGGAGUUCGACGACUGCACCGCGGAGAAUCCCUUCCGGUCGUUCCCGGAGGGUCCGGCGACGGUGAGAUUAAACGAAGAAGGCGUGCAUUACUUCGUGUGCAGCUUCGGGAAUUACUGCCGCCUCGGCCAAAAGGUCGCCGUCUCCGUUCGACGGAAGCUUCCACGCCGCGCCGCUCCUCCUCCUCCUUGAGAUCGAUGCGAAAACAGAAAAGAAAAAAAAAGUCACUUGACUGCCGUCUCCGUUGUCACUUGACUGCUGUGAUUUAUUAAAUGUAUUUUUGUGU